AUGCUCGGCGGCGCCGACGCGGCGGCGCUGCCGCGGUGGCGCGAGAGCCACUCGCCGGACCGCGCGCUCGCACGGACGCGGCCGAGGCCCGCGGCGGCCGCGGCCGCGCCGGCGCCGACCGCCGCGGCCGCCGCCUGCGUCGCGGGCAUCGACGCGCCCUUCGAGGACCAGGCCGCCGCCGUCGCGCUGGAGAUUCUGGAGCGCACGGGCACGAACGAGGUCGCGUUCACGGUUUUAGACGAGGCCUACGGCGACAUGCUCCGCGGCGUGAGCCGCAUGGCGGCGCGCAACGGCAUGGGCGCCCACUUCUUCUACGUGUCGCUCCACCGGGCCACGGCCGAGGCCGCCUGCGCCUUCGGGGACCGCGUCGCGUACCUCGCGCCGUCGCCCGAGGCGACGAAGAAGGACGCCGUGUACAUGGGCAAGUACUACGUGGCCAUGCUCCUCUGCGCGGCGCGCGUGCGCUUCUUCUUCUUCGAGAUGGACGUCUGGCUGCCGCCCAAGGGCCCCGCGACGGUGCUCGACGCGUUCCGCGCGGCGGCCGACAGCUGGAACGGCGGGCUCCAUACGGCGGCGGCCUGGGCGCUCCACGAGGACAACCCCUACACGAUCAACAUCGGCCUCUACUACGUGCGGAGCGACGUCGAGCCGCGGAACUUCGACUUCUUCGCGACGAUGUUGUCCUACGCGCGGCGCCACCCGCUCGUCUUCGACCAGGGUUUGUUGAAUUGCGUGCUCAAGCGCAUGUCGUCGAGCAAGCGCCUCACCUUCAUCCGCGAGCGCGACAACUGCCGCGAGCACCUCGUCGACGUCAACGACACCGCGCUCGUCAAAUUGAUCGCGGCGGCGCGGAACGAGCCCGACGUCGCCGCGUCGUCGCGGUUGAGCCGCAACUACAACUUCACCAUGGUCGACGCGGCGGCGGCCGUGUCCUACGCGACGCCGUUUCUUUUCCGCGACUCGCUGGCCAUGCACGUGCUCACGUCCAUCCCCCUGAGCUCCGCGCACGGCAAGAAGACCGUCGCCAAGGAGAUGAUGCUCUGGGAGGGCGACGACGGGUACUACGCCGUGGGCGGCGGUCGGCGCUACGUCAUGCUCGACGGGUCCCUCGCGCCGCCGACGGGCGCCGACGACUUCCGGGUCCUCGCGGCGCGCGUCCGCGAGCUCGUCGCGUUCGCGGCCGCGACGAAUCGGACCUUGGUGCUGCCGCCCGCGUGGCACCUCGCGCGGAAGCUGCCGAGCUGGGAGAUCGUCGACACGAAGAGCCUCGACGAGAUCGGCGUCGACUGGCGCGAGGCGACGUUCCUCGAGAACCCGCGGCUCGCCGUCGACGACGCCGCGGCCUUUGUGCGCGUCGCCGCGACGCCUACCGGCGCGGCGGUGCGCGACGUCCGUGCGGCGCGCGACGGCGCGGGCGGCGCGACGGCCUACUACGACGCCGGCGGCCUCGCGACGCGGUCCGAGCGGCUCCGCUUCCUGCUGGCGGCGCACGACGGCGACGCGCGCGCGGCGGCCGCGGCCGUCGUCCUGCUGGGCCUCGACGGCGACCGCGGCCGGCCCGCGCCCCCCGGCGACGGCGCGCCCCACGCGGCGCGGCCCCGGGACCCCGACGGCGACCCGGAGCCCUGGCUCGCGGCCGCGGAGCAGGCCGCGCGCUACUGCGGCUACAAGCAUCGCGAGAAGCGGCGCGUCGCGCUCCUCGCGAGCCACCUCGAGUGCGGCGCGCAGCUCGCGACGGAGGCCAAGCUCCAGCGGCACCUCGCCGCGAAGCGCGCGGCGCGCCUCCGGAACAAGGAGCUCCGGGCGAGGGGCCUGCCCGAGGACGCGGACGACGAGGCCGCGGACCCCUACGCGGAGGUGCCGGGCGACGAGGUCGACGACGGCGCCAAGCCCGACAUGCUCUCGCGGCCGGGCCGCCAGCGCCGGAGCGCGGCCUUCGCGGCGCGCCUCGCGGACGUCGUGUCGCGCCUCGCGCCGCCGAAGCCGCCCCACCGCCGCGUCUUCGGGCCCGUGCCCAGCGGCUUCGCGCGCGACUUCGGCUUCUGGCAGCCGGGCUUCUCCGAGCCCGACGCGCUCUCCUAA